UAUACAAUACAUUAUAAUGCAAUCAAAUUAGAUGCUAAUAUUAAUUGUCCUUACUACUGCAAUAUUUUAGUACUUGUUAAUUACGAUAAAACUAAGAUGGAAUAGUGCAUACCCUGUUAAAUACGUUUUUAAACUUUAUAAAGCGGAGAUCCCGUCCACCUCAUUUUCGAGCUACCAGUUAGCACCUAUCCUAAUAAAUAUACCUACUUAUUAAUUUUAAAUUGUUCUUUAAGUAAUGUUUAAAUACUUAAUAAAUCUUGAUGUUUAAAUUGACGGUGCUUUUAAUAUGUGUGGACGUACCGGAUUAUCUCUAGAUAAGGAGCAGCUCCGCUGUGCCUGCAGAUAUAGAGAUAAAAGUUUAAAUGAUUAUGUUAAACCGAGCUACCUUACAGAAUACAAUGACGGGAAAGAAUAUUCUCCUUCAUUUAAUAUUGCUCCAACAGAUAUUACUCCUGUCUUAGUUUCUGCUAGAAAUUUUCUAAAAGAUUCAGAUGCUGGUCAGAGAAUACUUAAACCAAUGAUGUGGGGUAUAAUACCUCCUUGGCACAAGGGUGAUUAUAAAAGCCACAAGCUGACAACAAAUAAUUGUCGAAUAGAAAACAUAAGAUAUUCAAAGCUUUACAGUCCCAUACUAAAUAACGGUGGGAGAUGUGUUAUUGUGGCUGAAGGUUUCUACGAAUGGCAAACAACUAUAAAAACAAAGAUUAAACAACCAUAUUACAUUUAUAUGAAACAGGAUUUCACCCAGCCUGUUGAUGAUAAUUGUCAACCAACAUCUUGUCACACUACAGAAAAUGUGUGGGAAAACAAAAGACUCCUUUACAUGGCCGGUUUAUAUAAUGUUUGGCAGGACAGUGAAAAUAAGAAUAUAUAUUCCUAUUCUGUUAUAACCUUAGAGUCAAAUGAUGUUAUGAGCUGGCUUCAUGAUAGGAUGCCUGCGAUUUUAGAAUGUGAACAACAGAUUGAGUCUUGGCUAGAUGUUGAUAAUGUUCCAGCAGAAAAAGCAUUAAGCCAUCUGUUACCUGCGAAAAAUUUGGAAUGGCACCCAGUGUCUACAAUAGUCAAUAACUCCAAAUAUAAAUCUUCAGAUUGUAAUAAGAAAAUAGAUUUAGAGAGUAAAGUCAAAUCUUCACAGAAGCCUUUGACAGAGUGGUUUAAAAAAGCAAACAAAAGAAAAUCCGAACAUGACAUUGAUCAUGAUAGUGUAAAGCGAAAACUUUGAAAUAAAAAAUACAUAUACAAUCAAAAA